UUGCUGGUUAAAGAAGGACUGUGACUAUAAGAGUCAUGGCGUCCCUACAUUAAGAAUGCUGUGUAACUCCAUUAAAAGUAAUAGUGGAGGAGCUGAUCCAGCUCUAGCUGAUGAAAUAGCAAAAGAAUAUACCAUUAAUCUUACUAGUAGCAGAGAGGCUACUACAUCACCAGUUCAUACUUCAUCUUCUAAAGAAGCUACUCCAACUGUUCAGCUGUCAGUUCCUACUUCACCUCAAUCUGAGUCUUCAGUCAUUUACAUUAAGAAAAAAUCAAUUGAACAUUUACCUGUAAAUUUGAAACGAAUGAUUGGAAGUCUACAAGAAGUUUAUCUUGAUAAUAUGCAUUUUACUAAAGAAUCAUUUCGUUCUAUUAAUGUCUCAGAAGUUGUCGAUUUCAUUCAAGAUUAUAUAGCUUUUUUACUCAGUCCAUGUUCCCGUAAAGCCCAAAUGAUUGAGUCAAUUGAAAAAGAGUUUGACCAUGUUAACUCAAUGAGUCAGCUAUUUAAAGUAUUGAGGAAAUACAUCUCGUGGUUCAAUUUUGAACUUGUCGUCAAGUUAGUCAAUACUUUCAUUACUGAUGAGAUAGAUUUACAGAGGAGGUGGUCUACAUAUCGUGAGAAAUUAAAAGAUUAUUUUAAAAAUAACAAUACUCCAGCAGUUCAAAUUGCAGACUCAAUUGAGUUUGGUCUUUCUGAUGUUCCAGGCACUAAAGUAAUGAUUGCUAAGGUUGCCAGAGACGACUACACAUUAAAUGAUUUAUAUUUCUUUCACAAGCUAAUCGCUGAUGCACUUGAAGCUCCAGAAUAUGAUUUUUAUUUUUGUACGAUUCAAAAUGGCUGCAUGGAAUUAAAAUAUUCCAUUCCUGAUUUUCUUUAUUCUGUUCUCUUUCCAUUAACCAAUCAACAGUGUCAUUCAUUGGCUGAGAUUGGAAUCAUAAAAAUAACUUGUCAUGAAUAUGUACAAGAAAUGAAGCAGUUGCCUGAAAAUGAAUUAAAGAAGCUUCAUGGUUCUCCCAUUGAAUUGGAAGAAGCUUAUGCCAAAGAAGAAGUGUAUCCGCUUGAUCUUAAAAAUGCAGUCGCUGAAGAGUUAAAUAAAUUACUGGACCCCAUUAGAGCUAAAUUUAACAGUGACCCCUCACUGAAGAAACUAAGGGACAUGGCAUACCCUGGAGGAGAGAAGUCUGAGGGUAAGAAAGAGGGCGGGGCUGCUGCCGCUAAUU